GUCUCUAUUAUUAUAUAAUAAUAAUAAUAAAUGGACGGUGAUAAAAAAGUCUAAAUCCCUAAUCUCGCAAUCGCAGAGCUUCUCGCCUCUCGUCUUCUCCAGCGUCCGAUCAAUCUUCUCUUUCUCCUCCGAUCACCCCCUCACUCUCUCCCGCCUUUUUCAAAUCAUCAUCACCACCCUCGCGCUCGCUCUCGCUCUCAGAUGGCGGAUUCACAGGCAAAGUCGUCGGGGAUGAGUCCCGGAGUAGGAGGCGGUGGAAGCCACGAGAGCGGCGGAGAUCAGAGCCCGAGGUCGAUGAAUGUUCGUGAGCAGGAUAGGUUUCUCCCGAUCGCUAACAUAAGCCGAAUCAUGAAGAGGGGUUUGCCUGCAAACGGCAAGAUUGCUAAAGAUGCUAAAGAGACUAUGCAGGAAUGCGUCUCUGAGUUCAUCAGCUUCGUCACCAGCGAAGCGAGUGAUAAGUGCCAAAGAGAGAAGAGGAAGACUAUCAACGGAGAUGAUUUGCUUUGGGCUAUGACCACUUUAGGAUUUGAAGAGUACGUUGAACCUCUCAAGUUUUACCUGACGAGAUACAGAGAGAUGGAGGGUGACAACAAGGGAUCAGGAAAAGGCGGGGAAUCAAGUGCUAAGAGAGAUGGUCAACCAGGCCAAUUUCUGCAGCAGGGCCAGCAAGGCUCUUUCUCACAAGGUCCUUAUGGAAACUCUCAAGUAAGUGCUUUCUCUUAGCAUAGAGGAGAAAUAAGAGUACACACAAGAAUUAGAACAGUUAAAUGGGUUCGCAUAUGAUGGUUCAAAUGCCGAACGCAGAGUAGUAGUAGAACAAUAUUCAUCACAAUCAACGGAGAGAUUCAUCUAUUCAUGUUCUUGUUUCUGAGAAUCUGAGCGAUCCACUGUUCAUAUAUUUGAACUGUGGUAUCUCUUGUAUAUGAUUGUGUUUUAGUUUGAGAAGAGAGUGUGGUUUGCUCAAAAUAUGAGAAUUGAGAAGCAACUUUUGUUUUCUAACAUUUGAUCGUUUUUAGUUUCUUAACUUUUGGUCUUAAGAGGCCUUAUUUAUUUA